AUGAAAGCUGCUCAGGCUGCCGCAAGAGCUAUUAACCCUGAACGAUUUCCGUUGUACUUGUAUAAAAGUAUCCUCAGACUCCACUAUGGAUUACCUGCGCCGGCUCGACUUAUGGGCGACACAUACGUGAAGGAUGAGUUCAAAAGGCACAUCAAUGCGAAGCCAGAGUUUGUGAAGCCCUUUAUCACAGAAUGGACUAACUACUGUAUGAUGCUCUCUAAACAAUUGUCAAGUGCCGGCAUUCGAAAGGGAAACAUUGGAAAAGAUUUGGAUUCGGAUAAGAUGGAACAGCUGAGCAACGAACACAUCCAACAGUUGGUCGAGCUACGAGUGGAGGCUGAUAAGCAUAUGGGACGGGACGACUUCUUUCAAAACUUACAAAAUAUUACAGAAAACCGAGAGAAGUCAGUUUGA